ACCAUGUUUGUAAAGGCUAAUGUUCUGUUUGAGGAGCGGAGUGUCUUGGUAUUAUUUGCCGUCUAGUCAUGUGCGUAACACUUCGUCUAUUGUAACACAAGCUUUUGGCCAAAUAUAUUAAACCACCAGUAAAAACUUAUAGCUACAAUAACCUUUGUAACCUGCAAGUUGAUAAAAACUUAAUGCGAUGCAGUUACUGCCUCAGACGUGGCCGUUAAUGACGAUGAUAAAACACAAAUCUCCAGCAUUCGCUUGUGGUGAAGCACUUCUUAACUUCAUUUGAGCUUGAUUGUGGUAAAAAUGCUAAUAUAACGACACAUUAUAUUACCAUUGCAUCAAAUUACAAAAAAAAAUAAAACAUUUUUUUUUAAGUUAAUGCUGCUGUGAGGAUGUUUCGCCGGUAAAAAUGACAUCUUUCUCUCUUCUGACUGCCGUUAUCAAUCGCUCUAUAUUUUUUUCCUCUUUUUGAAAUUUAUGAAAACACUACUAUGGAGUUUUUCUUUUGCUAUUUGUGCAAAUGGAAACAGAAAAAAAAAAAAAAUAUUUAUCGAAGUCUCUCAUUCACUGCUAUAGAGUACCUCAGGGAUGACGUGUUUUUGUAGGCAAAACCCGGAAGCGAGUUAGCAUUUUAGUUCCAUCGCCCUGAAGUCAAUGGGUUUUUUGAAUGGGUUUUUGCUAAAUCACCUGAAAAAUUCUGUGGUUAACAAAGCCUCUAAAUAUUUUCACGUUUGAUCUAUGACAUAAAACACACCAGUUAUAACCCCCUUGUGAUUUUUUUAAACCUUUAUUGUGUCUUAAAAACGGCGGUUGCUAACAAAUUGCUAAAAGGGACUACUUCCUUUGGCGGGGACUUUAGACGUCAUCAUGACAAACAGGACAUUUGGACAGCAUUUCUCAUGAAAAAGUGGAUAAGUAUUCAUACACAGCGCAGAUCAUAAUCAGCGAGCAUGUUUUUAAAUAAAGUUGUUUUUUAAAUAAAGUUUAAGGAAGGUGGUGACGUUGAUCCGCGACCAUGGUGUGCUGUAGUCCGUUUAUAGCCUACUGUUAGCUUUUUAUAUCUGACGACUUUAUUUAGGCUUCAAAAUGUACAAAUAUUGUGUUCACUUGUAAAGAUUAUCUUAAUAGACAAAACGUGUAAGUGUCAUAACCCUUUGUUAAACACAGAGCUUAUUUUUUGCGAUUUUCCAAAAGCCUAUGGGAAAAAUGCAUAGGCUUUCGAUCGAGGGAACCCAUGCGCCGCUAACUUCCGGGUUGGCCUUUAAAAACACGUCAUCCCUGAGGUACUCUAUUCAUGAUUGGUUGGCUGCCGAAUUAAAAUAUUAAACAGAACGAUAAAAUAGCGCUAUUAACAGGUCAAUGGCAAUUUUAAAUAGACCCUUUUCACAGACUGUGAUGAUGCGUUUUUACCGGUCAUCAAUAUCGUAAAUCCUGCAAAGUUUUUUAUAUUUUCAUUUUUUUUUAAAAAAUGUAUGUACAUUUAUAACUCUAUACUUAGUAUUAUAUUACCGUUGCAUCAAAUUACAAAAAAAAAAAAAGAUAACGCUGCUGUGAGGGUGUGUCUAAUACAGCGGCUAUGGAAGCGCCAGUAAAAAUGACAUCUUUCUCUCUUCUGACUGCCGUUAUCAAUCGCUCUAUAUUUUUUUCCUCUUUUUGAAAUUUAUGAAAACACUAUUGUGGAGUUUUUCUUUUGCUAUUUGUGCAAAUGGAAACACAAAAAAAGUCUCUCAUUCACUGCUGAGAAUUUCGUUUGUAUGUUCCUUUUAAAAUUUCGUUCGUCUCUGUUUUUUGUUUCCAUUCCUUGAACUGGUUGAGCCCUGCUUCCUUGUGUUAAUAAAUUUCAAAUAUUUUGCAUCAGUAAUGGUGUUGCGUGUAAGUCAGCAGAGGGAAACACUUAUGUUUCUACCUCUUUUAAAUUUAAUAAUGAUAAUUUAGUGGAUGAUUCACAUAUUGACACCAUUCAUGUGUCUAAUCAAAUUAUGUUUUUUUGAUGAUUUUAUCAAUGCAUUAGGGAUGAAUGAUGAUGAUGCUCAUUGUCAUAGCUGAACAGCUGGGAUAAGCUAUAUUUACUUUAGCUGACUCAGUUUUGCUCAUUCCUUCCCAAUAUAGCUAACAAUGAAUAAGGGAACUAGUGAGUUUUUCAGAUCAUUACGCAAUCAAACUUUUUACUAUGAAACGCAACAUUUUUAUCUGUAGUAAAGUGCACGUCAUUGUGAAAUGACUGAAUUUCCUACUUGUGGGGGGUUCCAUGACAACAGGGAUUUUCCAUGAUUUUAUCUGCUGCAUAAAGAAUAGACUUGAAAGACUUGUUGAUAGCGAACUUCUUUUGUAUUCCAUUCAACCUGGACAACUGAGAUUUCUAAAUUCCUACUUGGGGAAAAAAAAGGGCCACUGAACGCUUCCAACUCUCACAGAAAACGCUUUUACCAAGAUGGCAAAGUAUGAAAUCAUGCAAACAUGGCGGCACCCAGGGAGACUGACAUAGCAUAUGAUAAACGAUCAUGUUUAAGCAAUAAAACUACCCCAAACGGUCAAAGCCGACGAUAAUAAAAGCAGUUUAUAGCAAACGUUUGCAGAGACUGUAAAUGAUCCUCUGGUGAUAAUCGCACACCUGUAGAAUAAAUGCUUGCAUUGAAUAACAUCGUUUAUGUAUCAAAGUUUUGCUGCUAGGAGAUGACUUUGUUGACAAUCGGACAUCUGCAAAGCUGUAUUGCUGAUUUGAAGCAACAUACACUCAGUGGGGUUCUAAAUAGAAUCCUAGGGCUCUUGACUUAAUUUUAAAGAACGCUUUAUUCCAAAAAGGUUCUAUAUAAGGAGAAAUGUCUUAGGGUGUUUUCACACUUGGUCCUUUUCAGGGGUCUGAGCGUGGUUCGUGUGAUUUUUGGCCCAUAUGUGAACACUCCAAACGAUCUCAGACCCCUCAAAAACGAACCAAACCGAGACCAUCUCGGGAGAUGGUCUGAGUACGGUUCGAUUUCAUCUUAUGGUACGGUUCGCUAAAAACACGCAAUCUGAACACAAACUGCUCUGGGCUCACUUGAUUUUUUCCAUUCACGAAUUCCAGUGUACUUUGGUCAUCAGAUGCCUCCGUACAAAACAGCUGUUCAUCAUGGCUGCUGCUUCUCUCAGAUCUCUACAAAUUAUUCGUUCGUAACGUAAACUUGUUUAUUGUGAUUUUUACUGCUGUCAAACUGUGUAAGGGAGACGUGAAAGGCCCGCUGAAGUGUCUUGGAACGUGCAGCAUUUUCAAAGUGUUGACGUAAUUUCAACUGAAACAUGAAGACAGGGCGAUAUAUCGAACAGCCCCGCCCCUUUUUUAAAAUAGCCAAUAGCGUUUCGUUUAUAUUACAGCUCGGCCAAAGCCGUUAAACUCAGUAAAACCUCUGUUUCAUCCUAAUCUCUAACCGUUUAUCCUCCUAAUCUCCUCUAUAUCACUUUAAAUUACAGCAAAUGCGAAUUUUGUCAUUGUUUUAGAACACACCAGCUUAUUCAUAACCUUAAGGCUAACAUAUUCAUACUAAAAGCUAAAAAAACUUACAUUUUGAUUCAAGGUGAUCACUUUAAGUGAUUGCAUAAUACUUUCAUGUUUAACAAGCUAUUUCUUUUUCUUUUUUUUUUGGAACCCAUAAAAGGUUAUAUGAAGUGCCUGAAAGAACCUUUUAAGGUUCUAUAACCUUUUUUUUUCUAAGAGCGUAUAUACAGAAAGGCACUGUAUAAAUAAAAAUAACUUAACUGUAUGACUCUUUAUUGGUAUCUAUGGUUCCAUGAAGAAUCUUUACUAUUCUUGGGACCUUUACAUUGCACAAAAAGUUCUUUAUAGUGGAAAAAAAGUUCUUUAGAUCAUUAAAAUGCUCUUCACACUAUGAAAAAAAAAAGGUUCUUUUAAGAACUGUUUUCUGAAAGAUCCUUUGGGCAACCAAAAACAGUUCUUCUAUGGCAUCUCUGAGAAAAACCCCUUUUGAAACCUUUAUUUUUAAGAGUGUAGAAGAACCAGGUUCCCAAAAGAACCUUUCAGUGAACAAAUUCUUAAAAGAACCGUUUUUCUUAGUGUGAAGAACAUUUUGGAAAGCUUCCAUGAAUGUUGAAAUGUUCUUAAUGGAACCAAUACAAACUUUUAUUUUUAAGAAUGUCUGACUUUAAGACCAGAAAUCAGAUUUCAGGCAGGAAUAUCCCACAUCCAACUUUAGAUACAGCAUUAUUCCCAGCCUUAUCUUUUUAAAAACACAAUUCAAUUUCUGGGGAUGUACUGAGAUUGUAAAUGCAGUCACAUGGUAAUCUUUGAGAGUCUAUAGCAGUGAUGCUGAGCGUUAGAGAGGCCAGAAUGAUUCAUUACCCUCCCAGUGACACUCACGUAUGCAAGUGCACACCCAUCAUCUUUAAACACAUCUCCCACACACCCUGAAGGAGUAUAAAUCCCGAUAAGUCUACAUAGACUUGCUCACAUGAGCGCUAGAGACUUGUGCGUGAGGAGCACACUGGGUUGGAUGCAGUCCUCAUUCUCAUUUAUUAAUUUUCCCUUAUCAGUGUUCAAUAUUGAAAAUGGAAAGCAAACAGCUGGUACGGAAGUUGUCAGCAUAUAUACCCUAGUCUCUAUUGAAAAGCAAGAGAGAGUCAAUACAGAAGCACAGCCGAGAGGUCUACUGUGCUCCGGGGACUAAAACAUCCAUACGGAGGCCUCCUUCUCCCGUGGACUGUAUGGAACAGAGCAACCAUGCAAGUCUGUGAUUAUCAUCUGUGUCUCACCGUCUACAUCUUCACCUUCAUCACCGGCUUCCCGGCCAAUGUCUUGGCCUUCUACACGCUCAGCCGCAAGGUUUGGAGGAAGCCGGCUCCCAUCGACAUCCUCCUUCUCAACCUCACCAUGUCAGACUUGCUCUUCCUCAUCUUCUUGCCCUUUAAAAUGCAAGAAGUGGCCAAUAAUAUGGUAUGGAAUCUUCACUACUUUCUGUGUCCGCUGUCUGGCUUUGUCUUCUACAUGACCAUCUACAACAGCACCUUUGUCUUGACCGCGGUGAGCGUGGAGCGCUAUCUUGGCGUGGCGUUCCCGAUCCAGCACUCUCUGAGGAGAAGACCCAUAUACGCCGUGUUCGCCAGCAUCUUCAUGUGGGUGUUUUCCAUCCUUCACCUCAGCAUCGUCUACAUCGUGCCUUACUACAACCCGUCCGGGACGGUACAGCCAUCCCGCAACGUCUGCUACGAGGGAUUCACCGACGCUCAGCUCGAGAUCCUCCUGCCUGUGCGUUUGGAGUUGUGCGUGGUUCUCUUCUGCAUUCCCUUCCUUAUUUGCAGCUUCUGCUACAUAAACUUCAUCCGCAUCCUCUCAAGGCUGCCGAACAUCGGCCGGCGGAGAAAGUUGAGAGCGAUCGGAUUGGCUUUGGGGACGUUGGUUGUGUUUGCGCUCUGUUUUGGACCCUACAACGUCUCCCAUGUGGUUGGCUUCAUAACAAAGAAAAGCCCAGCUUGGAGAGACAAAGCCCUUCUUCUCAGCACGUUCAAUGCCUGCUUGGACCCAUUUAUUUUUUACUUCACCUCUGCGGCUGUUAGAAACACACUUAGCGCAAUGUUGAGGGGCAUUUGGGGUAGAUUUAAAUGGUGCCAAUGCCCACAAAUCCUAUGGAGCUCCAAGAAGGAACCUCCUGAAACGGAGAAAAACAGCCUCCCGAAACAACAGGAAGUCACAAAUGCACUUUGACCAACAGUUUUAUUUAGGCCAGAGAAUUAUUUUUGUACAGCAGUGCUGUUCUACUUCCUUGUAAGACGACGGAGGCGACGCGGAAUGCCAAAACAACACAAUUCACGUGCUGAGUGUUAUCUAGUAAGAAAAGGGAAAACACGUGGUGAAACUUGUGUGUACAUAUAGGGACUGAAUUGAGUGUUGGCAAACAGAGGAUAAACUUUUCUUUGUAUAGAGUGUUUAUUCAUCCAUGAUGUGAGUCGAUUCUAAUAACAAACUUGUCAUCAUUGACUUUAUUUAAUAUAAACAGAAAGCAGUACGAGGACAUUGAUCACUGGGAUAAAGGAGCCACAAUUGCCAGCCAUAUGAAGGUCAACAGAAAAGCACUCAAACACAAUCAUGUAGCUAUGUGAAGGGAUUUCACUUUUGAGGACAAUGCUUAUCUGGAACUGACAAUGCGGUUUUCUGAUGGUUUGUGUACGUGUUUGAUCAAAAGUGCAUGAUAGAGACUUCUUCAUUUUUUAGUGUCCAGGAAGUGGCAAAACAUACACCACAGACAUGAAUGAUGAAAGAAGUGACACACUCUUGUUCAAAGUUCAGUGGGGAUCUAAACAGAACCCUCGGGUUCAAUCUUGGCUCAAUUUUAAAGACCCUUGGUUUGAUAUAAGGAGAAAUGACUGCAUAAUACUUUCAUGUUUAAUGGGUUAUUUCAAGUAUGUGUAUGAGCUGAUUAAUUCAUAAAAUUUAAUUAGCAAAAUUAAUUAAUUAAAAUUAAAUCCAUAAAAUCAACCCCUAAAAGGUUAUAUGAAGUACCUGAUAGAACCUUUUCUUCUAAGAAUGUAGAAAUGAAGAAAUCAAGCUCUGUACAGUUAGCCUAUUCCCAAUUGAUGUAAUGCUGAAGUGUGUCUUCAUUUUGAUGUCAAAAUAAGCCAGUUUAUAGAUUAAGACUGAUUUUGUGGUGCUUUCAAAACAAGAAAGCAUGUGGUUACACUUUCGAUAGACAUUCUACUAAGCAACUUUGCAUCUACAUGUCAACUAACUCUCAUUAGAGACAGGUUAGGGUUCAGGUUAGUAGAAUGUACUACUAAGAAUGGCAUGUAGGCCUACUUGCGAAGUUACUUAUAGUUAGUAGAAUGACCGCUGGGGAGCAUAAAAAUAAAGUGUUAGCAUAUAUUAAGCAGACAGUCCACUAAAGGUUCACACCAAGAACCAUAACUAAAAAUAAAGUUUUAAAAAUCGUUCUAUAUAUAAAAGAAUAGCACUGUCCACACCACAGCUAUAACGAUAUAGAGAAACGAUAUCAUUGGAAUCGGUUUCAGAAUGAUUUUUUCACAGCUGUCGAACUAUAAAACACUGACAGCCACUCAGAAUCCAUUCUAAUUUAAGGGCUCGCGCAUUUAAAAUGGCGGACGACACUGCGGAAAAGGUAAUCGUCGAGGUCCAGAAAAAGCCACCACUGUUUGACAAGUUAAACCCCCUUUUCAAGGAUACUUUAAAGAAAAUGGAUAUGUGGAAAACAAUCUGUCAUAUCCUCUGAAUAAAUGGUGAGAAGUAUUAACUAUGAGAUCAUUAUGCCAGACUAGCAAACAGUGUGAAAUAAAAUUACCUCAGGUAUCCAGCGCUAGUUUCGCGUCUAGCUUCCUUUGAAGUUGCAGUGAGAAAUACUAGCCGUUGUUUUUAUUCAACUAGCCUAUAAAAUAUUGACCCUGUCAGCUAAAUUUACUGUUAGAUUAGAUCGAUUGCCCUAGCUAUUCACUCAUAGCACGCUGAGGACAUCUGCUGGUUAAAGCUGUGUAAAUGCAACAAGAACAGCAAAAGCAUGUUAGAAUAAACAGACAUUAUCGUUCGUUGGUGUGGACGCAAAUAUAGGCUAGUUAUCUUUAUAGUUAUCGUCUUGGUGUGAACGGGCCUUCAUACUAUAAUGAGAGUUAGCUGACAUGGAGUUGCAAAGUUACUAGUAGUAGAAUGUCUGGACCAUCAAAAUAAAGUGGUUUGUUUGAAAGCAUUUUUAUUGUUUUUGCAAUUCCACUUGGCGCCACUAGUGGCACAAAAUGUACACACUUCACCUUUAAAUGCAUUAUUUAUAUAUGUAAAUAAAAAUGUAAACGUAUUUAUUGUACAUAUUGAUGAAAGCCAGGUCCUCUAAAGAACCUGUAAGAAGUGUCAUUAAAUAAAACACUGUAUUAGAGCACGACUGUGCCAGAAGGUUUAAA